AUGUACCACAGCCUGCUCACAGCGUCAUUCUUCCUGGCGCUGGUGAUCCUCCUCUACCGCAAUCGCCAGUUCUUCGUGUCUCUCCUACCCGAGAGCGUGUCAUCUCGCAUGCCCGCAUCCUUCCAGCCAUCCCUCCCUCCACUCUCGGCGACACCCCCCUCUAAUCGUGGCACGCUGCUCAAUCGGCUCCUCUCGCCCUUCACCCGCACCCCUUACACGCCCCUUCCCACCUCUUGGAACUCCCAACUGUCAGCCGGCCUCUCCUCGUCCCUCUUCGACAUCUCCACCAACAUCGCCGACGGCGACACCCGCACGGGUCUCGACGAGACAGGCGCACAAGAUGUGCAGACUAUCAUGCGCGAUCACGGAGUCGGGUUCGACCAGGCAAGAUUGAUCAGGCAUAAACAGGUGUUGAGGGCGAACAAUAUCGAUCCCAACACGGGGCUGCCGUUGGAUAGCAAGGCGGUGACUAGUUUGGGUGGCAGGCCCGGCGGGAGUAGGGGAUGA